CCAACUUUGCCAAGCAGGGAGCCCGGUGGGGGGGUGGGGGGAGCAAAAGACCUGCAGCCUCAGCCCCUCCAAAGAACCGGGAGAUGACGGGGAAAACGGGGGAAGCGCUGAGCAAGCCCAAAUCUGAGACAGUAGCCAAGAGUACCUCGGGGGGCGCCCCGGCCAGGUGCACAGGGUUCGGCAUCCAGGAGAUCCUGGGCUUGAACAAGGAGCCCCCGAGCUCCCACCCGCGAGCUGCCCUCGACGGCCUGGCCCCUGGGCACUUGCUGGCUGCGCGCUCCGUGCUCAGCCCUGCAGGAGUGGGCAGCAUGGGGCUGCUGGGGCCCGGAGGGCUUCCCGGCUUCUACGCGCAGCCCACCUUCCUGGAAGUGCUGUCCGACCCUCAGAGCGUCCACUUACAGCCACUGGGCAGAGCGUCGGGGCCGCUGGACAACAGCCAGACGGCCAGCUCGGAUUCUGAAGAUGUUUCCUCCAGUGACCGAAAAAUGUCCAAAUCGGCUCUAAACCAGACUAAGAAACGGAAGAAGCGGCGACACAGGACAAUCUUUACUUCCUACCAGCUAGAGGAGCUGGAGAAGGCAUUCAAUGAGGCCCACUACCCAGAUGUCUAUGCCCGGGAGAUGCUGGCCAUGAAAACGGAGCUGCCUGAAGACAGGAUACAGGUCUGGUUCCAGAACCGCAGAGCCAAGUGGAGGAAGCGAGAGAAGUGCUGGGGACGGAGCAGUGUUAUGGCAGAGUAUGGGCUCUACGGGGCCAUGGUGCGGCACUCCAUCCCCCUGCCCGAGUCCAUCCUCAAGUCUGCCAAGGAUGGCAUCAUGGACUCCUGUGCCCCGUGGCUACUGGUUCAAGAUGGCUUUCCCAGGCGCUUUUCUAAACCCGAAUACCAACAAUUCUUUUUAGGGAUGCACAAAAAGUCACUGGAGGCAGCAGCUGAGUCGGGGAGGAAGCCCGAGGUGGAACGCCAGGCCCUGCCCAAGCUUGACAAGAUGGAGCAGGAAGAGCGGGGCCCCGACGCCCAGGCAGCCAUCUCCCAGGAGGAACUGAGGGAGAACAGCAUCGCAGCGCUCCGAGCCAAAGCUCAGGAGCACAGCACCAAAGUGCUGGGGACUGUGUCUGGGCCAGACAGCCUGGCCCGGAAUGCAGAGAAGGCAGACGAGGAAGAGGCCGUGGAAGAAGACAGGCCAGCCGAGAAGCUGAGUCCAUCACAACUUGAGGACAUGGCUUAGGUCAAGGGGCGCUCAGGCACUGGAGCCCCAAGACUGUGUUCCUCUUGGCCCCUGUGGUGCGGGGAGGUUCUCUGCCACCCUCACCUGCCCCACAGGCCCUCGAUUACCCCCAUUGACUCCAGGCACAGGUCAUUUCUGGCCUCAGCUUUGGACCCUGCUGAGACCUCCUGAUGUAGUCCUGACUCUCCAGCACCCUCCUCAUCCCAACAUCCCUGCCUCAGAAGCCCACUUGCUGCCCCGGCCAUCCCCUCAAGCCCCUUUCUCUCAAUCCCUUGGCAACUCUUGCUGUCCAAAUCCACCCUUUCCUCUGUUCUCUGGCUCUGAAGGGCCCCCUUCCUAGCUCUGCACCUCUUUGGAUUCUGCUCGGCACAUGCCUAACGUCCAUCGCUGCCAACGCAUAGCCUGCCAGACAGCCGUGACAUGGAUUGAGUAUCUGCAUUCCAGCUCCAAUGUUCUGAGCACCCCAGUCCUCAGCAAAUCUUCCCUCAGCCUGUUCCUUCUGGGGGACCUGGGCCUGGGUUUCUGCUGCGUAGAGAAUAUACUGCCCCGCAGGCCCACGCACACUACCUCUACAUCCUCCAUCCCUCCCUCCAAUGCUACCCACCUUCCAGACUGAACUUGGGAAGUCUCAGCCUGAGCCUUUGAGCCACCCUCAGGAACCCGCCUUCUCCAUGCCCAACUUGCCCCAUGGGUUCCUCCUCAUCACAGGUGCCGACAGCACAUGUGCCCAUGUAUAAGACCUUUACUGGGUCCAGGUCCUAUGCCCUGCAGGGAGGAGGCCUGACUCAUAAAUACUGUGGCUCACUGCAUUAUUGGGGAUCUCAGGUCCCCUACCAGAGUCCUUGGCUCCUGUACCUGUAUUUCUGAAGCAUUCCAACUUUCCCCAUAUACUGCCAUGACCUUGACUUGCUGUGCAAAGCAUCCUUUGCCUAGGGCUUCUAGCAAACUACUCGUUUGCAUGUGCCUGCUUGGAGAAAAUCAGUGCAGCUAGGAAACCACAGAUCUGGCCUCAACUUGACCCAGGCCAUCCCUAAUCCUGGAAUGGCACUGAGCUAUAAAUAUGCAUCAUGGAUGGGUCACAAGAAAGGAAGGGGAAAAGGUUCAAAGGAAAGCAAAACAGGAGCCAAUGUUAAGCCAGAUAAAACUGCAAGCCCUCAUACCAUGCCAGGUGUAUGCUGGGAAGUAUGUCCACUAGAAUAAGACAGACCCAGGAGCCAUGUUGAAAUACGGGACUAGGGCUCCCUUCUGCUGAGGAGUAGGCCUAUCAGUACCUAUGGCCUCUCUGCAGCUGUUCCUUCCACUCUGCCCUUUCACUUUUGCAUGAGCAAUGGGAACACAGCUUGGUGGAGCCCACUGGACCAUACUCCCAGGCCAGGCAUGAGCCCUCUCACCCCAUGACAUUUUUUUUCUACUUCCCCACCCACCAUGGUGGGGGGAUACUUGCAAGAGAAAGGCCUGAGACACUGAGUUGCAAUUUAAAUUCUCUAUCGAAAGUUGAUUUCUUCAUCCCAUUUAUGGAAACACCCUUCCCCACCCCAGUUUUUGUCUUUGUCCUCUGUUGGUUUGACAAUGUUAGACUGUAGACCUGGUGUGUAAAUAAUGUACAUAGAGUGAGAAGAAAAUCUUGAUAUUGAGCUGUUUGAAAUAUGGAACUGUAAUAACCUCUAGGUAUUCUAAACCUGUGCUUUUGUGCCAUUUUCUGUAAAGAUACAAGUAAGAAUAAAAUUGAUGUAAAAACAGCC